AGCUUCCCUCAUUUUCGGCGUAUGGCGGGCCGCCUAGCGGGGAGGUUUGACUCGGCGUGGAUACACUUGUGUGUGGGACCAGUGUCUGCCACCGCGGAUGGCGAAGGAUCUUAUCGGGCCGGCACUGCCGCCCGGCUUCAAGGCCAGCGGGUCAGCGGAGGACGAGGAGCGGGACCCCAGCCCGGUUGCAGGACCAGCUCUGCCCCCUAAUUAUAAAAGCAGUAGUUCAAAGUCAUCAGACAGCGACGAGGACAGUAGUUCUUUGUCUGAAGAAGGAAAUCAAGAAUCUGAAGAAGAUGACACUGGUCCAACUGCAAGAAAACAGAGGAGAAGUCAGGAUGACGCUGAUGAUGAUGAUGAAGGGUUUUUUGGACCAGCCCUUCCUCCUGGAUUUAAAAAGCAGGAUGAUUCUCCUCCAAGGCCUAUAAUAGGUCCUGCAUUACCACCUGGUUUUCUUAAAUCUGCACAGAAAAGUGACAGAGGCAGAGAUGAUCCAAGACAAGUAUCAUCGUAUUUCAACUCUGAGAAGGAAACAGGUAGCAGUGAAGAGGAGGACAUUAUUGGGCCGAUGCCUGCCAAAGGACCAGUUAACUCUAGUGUAAUGACAGAGUUUGAAAAAAGGGCCCAGAGAAUGAAAGAAAAACUGACUAAAGGAGACGAUGAUUCAUCUAAACCAAUUACAAGAGAGUCUUGGAUGACUGAGCUUCCUCCGGAGCUGAAAGACUUUGGUCUUGGGCCCAGAACUUUCAAGAGAAGAACUGAGGACAAAUCUGGAGAUCGAUCAGUCUGGACAGAUAUGCCAGCUGACAGGGAAAGGAAAGCUAAGGAGACACCAGAAGCAAGAAAGUCAUUCAAUAAGAAGGAUGAAGAACAUAUAUUGACAGGAAUGGAAAAGAGACUGGCCGAGCAGGUAUCCGCAUACAACGAAUCAAAAAGGUCAGAAUCGCUUAUGGACAUUCAUCAGAAAAAGCUAAAGAAUAAGGCUGCUGAAGAUAAAAAUAAGCCCCAAGAAAGAACACCAUUUAACCGUGAUACGGAUCUCAAAGUUCAUCGGUUUGAUGAAGCUCAGAAAAAAGCCCUGAUGAAGAAAUCUAGGGAACUAAACACCAGGUUUUCACAUGGCAAAGGCAAUAUGUUUUUAUAAGGGGAUUUCCCUGUGCAAUGAAGAAGAGUUGAAGAAUACUCUUUUUUUCUGUCUGUCCAUCUUUCUUCCUUUAUUUUGAGUUUCUUAAGAUUACAUGAUUAGUCUUACAAACCACACGUCCUUUAAAGUCACGUGGAAACAUGAAAUCAGUGUGUCUUAUGUGGAGUAGAAUUUUAUGUGUCUUUGGCUUCUGACGAAAUGUGGGCUUUUCUUCAAAUAAAUUUUUGAGGAUUCCCCCCCCUCCCCGCCACCCGCUAAUUUUUGUGCUGUCUCACAAGUGCCCUGUUAAGAUCUGGUCAGGACCAUCCACUGAGUCUCUCCCACAGCUCAGACCCCCUCGUCAGAUAUUAUGAACUUGCCCUUAGUGAGUGUGUCGGAUCCUCACAGUAAAUCCAUGAAUUUGAAACUGUUUGGAUUUCCCUCUAAACUGCAGCCAGUGAAUACACAAUAUUUACUUGAAAAUAAAGGGUAUGGAGGUUUUGUCCAUUUUGUUAUCAAUUUGCUUGUUGUGGCAAUCAGGGCUUUUUAUUUGUGGUUUGGAUUUUUUGGUUUGUUUGUUUCUAAGUCAGAAAGAGGGACCUUUGCAUUAUUUCAUGUGCUAAGGAAAAACUAUUUUGAUUUUUCCAACUUCAGUAAGUAUUUCUAGGAAAGGCAAUCUGAGGGACAAGAGAACAUCAUUAACCGUUAACCAGUGUAAAGUCUGAGACCUGGUCUCUGUGAUCUCCACCAAAGCUUUCGAAGUCUUUAACCUGCUUUGGGAUGAUCUGACUUGAUUCAUUUAUAUUUAACAUGCUUUAGCUAAUUUAUUGGGGACAGAUCUUUUAUAUCAAUCAUAAGUAACUUUUUAAAAAAAUCAAACUCAUAAUCCCUGAAUCCAAAAAUGGAAAUGGAAACUGUAAUCAAAACCACCCUAAUGUAAGCUGGGACAAAGUGAGAGAGUAGCAUUGACAUACAUACACUACCAAAUGUAAAAUAGAUAGCUAGUGGGAAGCAGCUGCAUCGCACGGGGAGAUGAGCUCGGUACUUUGUGACCACCUAGAGGGGUGGGAUAGGGAGGGUGCGAGGGAGACACAAGAGGGAGGGGAUAUGGGGAUAUAUGUUUAUGUAUAGUUGAUUCACCUUGUUAUACAGCAGAAACACACCACUGUAAAGCAAUUAUACUCCAAUAAAGAUGUUAAAAAAAAAAAACCACCAAUGGAGUAUUGUAAGUUUGUGAUGCUUUAAGCACUGCCCCUUAAGAUAUUAAAACUCUUAAUAGUUAAAGCUUAAAUUCAAAUUCUGGAAGUUAUAUUUUCUUACAGAUUAAUCCCGAUUGUUCUGCUAGUUCUGUGCUCUAGUUUUGAUGAAGCACACGGUUUUAAUGAAAAAAGAUUCUGAGUCCUAGCUCAUCUAGGCUUCAUGAAAAUUGAGUAAACUGUUCAGUCAAAUUAUGUGACAGAUUUUUCUCCUGAUCAUAGAAGUACAAUGAUCUUCCAUAACCGUAACCUACUCAAAGAGUGUUACUAUUUAUAAGAUGAAUUUUUCUCCUAAGCAAAUUGAAAGAGUCUUGUCUAAGCAGGUUGAACAGAGCUACCUUUUGACCAAAGAUGUCAUUUUUAGUGGAUGUUAUUUUCUGAACAUAAAACUUUGUACAGGAGCAUCUAUUACUUUCAUUAAUUUUGUUAUGAUUUUUUUCCCUGAUGAAGAAAUGUUUUCUAGUUCUUCAUCCUUAUGUAAAUUCCUAAUAUAUAUUUUUGAGAAAUUUUGGUAUUUUUAAUGUAAAAGUGUCAUCUUCAGAUACUUACUUUUGCUUUGCUUUCCUCACCUGAAGGUAGAUAAGGAUAUUUCUCUAGUACAUAUUUACUAUUUCUUCCAUCACCCUUGGAAUGUCUGUGACCUUAACAAAAGGGAGAAAAUAUUAAUACUUUCCAUGAGUGACACCUUACGUGGUACGUCAGGUCUCAUGCUCUUUCAUGCCACCCUGAGGACAGUUUCAACGAAAUGUGAGGCCAAGCCAGAGGUUUUUGCCCCAUGGAGAGACCAAACCCAAUAUAACAACAUUGACAAUAAAAGAAGAAAGUAGCUAUCUGAACAGGAUAGACAGGUGGUCUUCAUUUUAUUCCCUUCCCUCUUCCAAAGCUGCAAAAGGCCUGGUAAAUCAAUUCUCCUUUCCGUUUGGCAGAAGAUUGGGAUUGUUGACAUUUUCUGCUAAGAACUUUUUAAUUUUCUGUACUUCUUGGCCAAAUUUUGUCGAGCUGUGACCUCUUUUGAAACUUAAAAAUGAAGAAGAAAAAAGAACAACACUAAGUUCAAAGAGGGAAGCAGACAUUUUAACAUUCUUUACUGUUUGGUGAAGGUGACAUUUAAGUUCAUUGUCCUUGAAAUUAUAUGAUUUUGUUCAGCUCUCUAAAUUGUCGUCUCAGGUAGAUUUUGAUGCUUCAAAUAAUAGCAACAUUACCGGUAAAUAAAUGGCUUUAGCAAGUGGGGGAAUUGGGAGGGGAGACAAAAGGUGAGAGGUGGUAGCUACAUCCAUAAUAAGGCUGUCUCAUCCGAUAAAUUUUUUUGUAUUGGGAAAAAUAUCAUAAAUUAAGCCCUAUGCCAAAAAGAGAAAGAAAAGAAAAGCUACGGUUUUCUGAGUUUUUUAAUCUUGUUCAGAUGUAGCAGCUACUUGAUAUUUAUCACUUGAACAUUUUAUGGUUCUUUGAAUUAAUGAUUUUUUUUAGAAGUAAGGUUGGGCUUUAGAUGGUACUGAGGCCUACAUGCUCCAGAAUAGAUUAACAGUUAUCGUAUAAAUUAUUCGAUCCUGAAACAUCUUGGCACUUUUUGUUUCUUAUAUAGGGUGGAUAAUGUGAACAUUAUAUAUUACUUAGAAACGUAUGAUCAUGGGAAAUAGUUUUUAGAUUAUUUACAGGAGCCCUUGUCACUUCUCUUCACUUUUUCCAUGGCAAUGACAAGUAUCGUUCACAAAAAACAGUCUCUGUUGAGUUAUAUACCUAAAAGGAAGAGUCAACAUGGGGGAAGUAGCUAGGAUAGUACCCAUGUAACAUCAGUACCAAGUCUUCUACUUCAGACGGUUAAUUUUUUUACUUUGGCUUUUGACACCAUCGUGUGAUUUUAGUCUACAGUUAUAAAAGGUCAUGCAUUUCCUAUUAUAGGAGAGGUAUAUUUUUUGGCAGCUUAAAUAUUUAACUGUGACUAGAGUAUCUACAAAAUUAAAAAGCUAUACACUGCCCCUUUCGAUCUUUUCAUUUUGAACUUUACA